CUGCCUUACACACUGCUCCUUCUGGUCAAGGAGACCACCCUCGUUCCUUUUUGAUAUCUUUCCUUUAUUACAUACCGCAUCUACCUCGACUCUCGCAUUGUCACUGGCCGUGCAGUAUCAUCGACAUGCCUCCCCCUCCCCCUCCGCCUCCUCCGCCGCCGCCGCCGCCCGGGGGUCUAGGUGGCCCUCCCCCACCUCCCCCAGGUGGAAGCCUGCCUGCUAGGCCAUCCAAGGGCGAAGUGAAAGGUCGAGGCGCGUUGCUAUCAGAUAUCCAUAAAGGCGCUCGGUUGAAGAAAACAGUCACCAAUGAUCGAUCAGCACCACAGAUCACAAGUUCGGGAGGAGGUUCGACUGCACCACCUGUUGGUGGUGCGCCGCCGGUGCCUGGAAUGAAGGCUCCUUCAGGGCUUGCACCACCUGUCCCGUCAGGUCCCGCUGCCAAUCGGUUGCGAAGCAACAGCGAAGGAGUAUCUGGGUCAGAUGGAGGAGCUAGCGGCCCAGUAGCGCAACUAGGCGGUCUUUUCGCAGGUGGAAUGCCAAAGUUACGCAGUCGUGGUGGAGUCGACACUGGAGCCGUUAAAGAUUCACCUUACAUGUCCGAGGGUGAAAGCACGCGACCUCCAGUUGCCCCAGCUCCUAAACCUCCCUCAGCUCCUCGUCCUCCUGGCGCACGCCCACCACCUCCGCCUUCCUCAGAGUCGCUACCCGCUCCCGCUAUCAAUCCAUUGAUUGCCAAUCUAAAGAAGCCUCCUCCACGCCCGGCCUCAAGGCCAUCAUCUACAAUCUCCACAGCCUCCGCAAAGGGCGCGCCAGACGUCCCUCCUCCUCGGGCUCCUCCACCACCUCCAGGAACUCGCAAGCCUUCCGGGGCCCCGCCGCCUCCUUCAUCACCUAGCCCAGCGGCUCCUCCCCCUCCUCCCCCGCCUGCUCCUGCUUCGUCCCGGGCUCCACCACCUCCUCCAGCUGCUCCUGGUCGGCCAACACCACCACCUCCCCCAUCUGGGGCUCCUGCAUCAAUUGCUGCCCAAGCAGCGCGCACUGCACUUAGCUCCGCCAGUUCUCCAGCAGCUCCUCCCCCUCCACCACCCUCUGCUGCUCCAGCGGCUCCUCCACCACCGCCUCCGCCAGUCUCAGCUCCCGCCCCUCCACUAAGCGAGCCGCCCUCACACCCAUCCCUCGUUCAUUCACGCCCAGUCUCACAUGAGCCUCAUACGGUACUAGAUCCCAGUGCUUACACGCUUACCAAUGGCGGCUCAUCUGCUGCACCUACCUUGCGCGCGGCUCCUGCGCAUGGUCCGGUCCGAAUAGACGACAGCCGGUUUAAGUUUCAAGGUGACGGGCUACUCCCCAAGCCUCGGCCUUUCAUCGGUGGAGUACGUAGGUAUCGGGCUGGGCGAGGGAGCAGCGUGCCGUUGGAUUUGAGUGCGUUGAGUGGCUAAGUGCAUGGGACAUUGCGGGCGAUAUCGUGCACAAAUAGUGAUUACCAUACAUAUAAAUUGUUUGAUACAACAGAGUAUUUCUGGAUCAUUUCUCUAUAUAAUCGUAUUUAUUGACUUGCAUAUCA